UCCUCAUGGAUGACAAAAAAACAAAACAAGAUUUUAUAACUAUAUCCCAAAAGAAUAAAUUGUUAUUGGUCAGAAGUUACAAAUAAAACACAUUUUUAUUCAUGUAAAUUUCAAAGAUGUGUGUGAGUGUCAGACUUUGGUUGUGGUUUUUGGUUUGUCAGUUCUUUGUGUAAUUUAAACACUAAUUCUUGUAGUAUGUCUGUGUUAUAUGCAUUGAGCAUAGUAGUUGUUAUGUGACUUUUGGUCCACAAGACAUUUUACAUUACAGAGUACAAACUAGUGUUUCUAUGUGAUGAAAAUAGACCAGGUUUUUAUUUAUUAUUGAUGAAAUAUGUGUGAAUGUACUCUAUAUCCAGUGGUUAUAAAAUGUCACAACUGUAUGGUACACUAGAGUUGGUCAGUGAAUGCAGCAGCGGCCACUAGUGGUCAGUCUUCACACUGCAGCUGUAGUUUGAGUCAUGGAACAUGUCCUCACAUGUUACUGCAGUUCUGCCAAGACAUGCAUCUGUGCAUGAGUCACGACAGCCUUUAUAAGCACCACACAGCCUCAGAGACACAGACAGACAUGACUGCACAGAGAAGGAGACAGUUGAGCACCAUGUCAUCUCAUAAACGGAUCCUGCGAGCUCUAGGCAACGGCUCGACGCGGCGGAGUCUUUUCGGUCCGGUGGAUCGCGAGCAGCUUCAGGCCGAGUAUCAAGACGCUCUGCGCAAAGACCUGGAAGAUGCGACGCGACGCUGGAGCUUCGAUUUCAUCUCAGAAAAGCCGCUCGAGGGCGGAGACUUCCAGUGGGAGGGCGUGUCCGGAGUUCGAGUGCCUGUACUGUACCGCAGCUGCCAGACGGGGGAGCUGUCGAGACCACGCGGAGAAUCGUCAUGUAACAGUCUGACCGAUCCAUCCGGCGUCGGAAAAGAAAACAUCCCCAAAACACCGGAGUGGCUCGUUUCGGUCCAGCAGGACGUGGAGAAAACGCCAGACAAGAACGCUGCACUGAAAAGAAAACAGACAAAUAUCACAGAUUUCUACCAAGCGAAGAAGAGACUGGUGGCCACACCCCGCAAAUCAGGAAAUUGACUAUAACACACACACACGCACACGCACACACACACACACACACACACACACACACACACACACACACACACACACGUACUAACUCAGGAACUCUGUGUGAGAUGUCUGGACUCAUAUCCACAUCACAAGAAUAAGGAAAAAUGUAUUGAUUAAAACUCUAGUUUUUCUACACCGUUAGCUACCUUCAGUGUAUUUCUAUGCAAGAAGAUCACUUGAAACAAUCAUUAAGAUCAUUUCCAACCAUUUCCAACCAAAGUUCAGUCCCAGAUCUGGUGUCACGGACAAAUUCUUCACCACAUGAGCUGUAAUUGUACAAGAGUGCCAGCGUCGUCCCUGAUAAAUACUGUCGACGAUGACUUCGACUUCAGGACAAAGAAAAAUGCAUUUCUGUUUAGAUCUACCCAGAGUUUUGGUGUUGUUUGUGUUAUUUUAUUUGUGUUUUCUUCAAUCACGCACUUUGGGUUAUUUCGUUGGUAAUGAAUUAGGAAAUUGGUUCUUUGCCAUUCCUUCUUUUAGCACUUACUGUUAUAUAUUUUUACGUGGACGGUUAACAUUUGAAGAAUUGUAUGUUUAAGGAAUGCCUUAAGCAAAUGUUUUUUUGUAUUUGGGUGGGGGGUUCUGGAAAGACGCUCGACGUCCAUGAAUUGAAUCUUUUGGAAUUUGUGUCAAAAAUACCAUAAAAAAUUAUGAUGAAGUUUAUUUGACAAUGUUUCAUAUAAGUUACGAUAUAACACUGAUUUUUCAGUGUACACAUAUACAAAUGUAUUGCUAUAUUGCACAAAACAUGUAGCGAAUUUUAAAAACUCUAAACAGUCUUUGGUGCCAAAUUUCUUUUGGCAGUUAUUUAUGAAUCUAACCCUCCUUAAUAAUGUUAUGAUGUAAACCUUGAUUAAGCUGGCAAUAUGUUGUCAUACAGCUGCUCUCAUAACGGAGCUGCAAUUACGUCUUUACAACGUAAAUGUAGUGUAGUUACAAACAUUGGACCUCAAGUAUGAAACACAAGAAUUUCUGUUCUUAAUUGUAUGCAAAGAUGCAUUCAUUGAUGCACAAAAAUUGACGUUGCAAUGGUUUACAAAAGAACGUUUUUACAAAAGAAUUAGUUCAGCUUGUGUUUCGUCAAUGUGGCCCAUUUGGAGCAGUGUAUUUACAAACACUCUCAGUUUUUAUGUUGUUAUCAUGGAAUACGAACACUCAGAAUCAAAUAUGUGACAUCCCAUCAACGCCGACUGACGUUGAACGGUGACGUUUGAAAUAAGCGUACCGGUAAUCACAGAUAUUAACGACAAACAUUUGUUAAUUAAGAUAUAUUCAUAAGUUUUUCAUUCCAGCUUAUGUCGAUAAAAUCCGUUCUCAUUCUGUGAUGUUUCUUGUAUCCUGAUGCUUGUAGAUUUCUGCGAUCUGUCUGUAAAUACUCUGUUAAUAUGCACAAAAUUCACAGUUAAUUCAGAAAUGCAUUUGCACAGGUCUGUUAUUGUUAAAGAGCUUAGAAUGUGUUCUGUAUUUAUUUCUAUAAAAAUAUUGUAUUGUAGAUUUACAUUUAAUUGUUCCUAAAUAAAACUGUAUAUG